AUGAAUAGUGAUUUCUCGCUCUGUGGAGCCUUCUUCUGUGAUAACGCUCAAGUCGUGGCAUUGUUUGCUAUCGACGGACAUUGUUUGACUUGUGGACCAAAAUGGGGUAUUGACAGGAAGGACAAGAUGUUGUUCCUCCUUACCGUCUUAAAUGUGGCGUACGUUUUGGACUCAAACCUGCAACCCUUGGAGGAUCCUGCCCCCAAUGCAACCCCCGAGGAAAUCGCAAAGGUGGCCGAACUCAAGAAGAAGCGCGAGGAAGACAAAUUCACAUGUUGUGGACACAUCCUCAACACUUUGUCCGAUCGACUGUACGAUCUCUACAUGUCGAUGCAGUCCCCGAUGGAGAUAUGGAAAGCUCUUGAGGAGAAAUACAACACCGAGCGGUUUCGUGACCUGAAAGUUAUUAUUCCGAAAUCUCUACAAGUCGAGGCUAUCAUCUCAAAGUUACCUUCGUCUUGGAACGAUUACCGGAAGAAACUCCUGCAUAUGAUAGAGGACUUCACUGUAGAGAAAAUACUUAGGCAUUUGCGUAUUGAAGAGGAAACUCGGAAGCGCGAUGUGGUGUAUCUUCCCCAAGGUUCUAAAGUGAACCAUGUGAGUGAGUCCAAGAACUCUCGGAAAGGCAAGCGAAAGGCUACAUCCGAGACCGAGGACACGCAAGACAGGAAGGGAAAGUCUCGCAAUUGCUAUCAUUGCAAUAAGAAAGGGCACUACAUUAAGGAUUGUAAACUUCUCAAAAGGGAGAAAGAUGCCACAACUUCCAAAGCCAAUAUGGUUGAGGACAUGGACUUAGUGGCCAUGGCUACGGGAGGAAUCAAGAGCUUAGAGAUUGGUAUGAUUACCGAAUUCAACAUAGCCAUGACUGAUAAGUCCUAUAAUUGGUGGCUCAACUUCGGAACUACUGUCCAUGUGUGUAACGACCGGCAACAAUUCAAGAGCUAUGAACCAGUGGCAAACCGUGAGGUGCUUAUGGGCAACCAUCAAUCGGUCAAGGGACGGUGGAACUCAACUUUACAUCCGGGAAGAAAUUGA